ACCCUGAACCCUGUCCUCCCUCUUUCACGAAGCAACCUUAAAGGGGGGAGAUAGAGAGAGAGAGAGAGAGGCAAGCAGAAAUCGAGUAAGCAAAAGAUGGGUAAGAGAGGAAAGAGUAGUAGUCAGAGAAAAGGCAAUGAAAACCCUACUAAGACAAAGUUCCAUGCCGUUGAAGACGACAUGGAUGAUGAAGUCGAUGCCUUUAUGAAACAAAGAGAUAUUGUUCCCCUCGACCUUGAUCAAGACGUUACAGAUUCCGAUGAAGAUAACGAGCAAACAGUUUUCGAUCUUCAGAAUGUUAAUGGCGACGAGGAAGAGGAAGACGACGAUGACAUCCCCGAUACUGGAAUGGCUGCAAAAAUUGUUAGGCAGCAGAAGUUUAUGAGGGCGAAGUUUGGCGGAGUUGAGGAUGAAAUGCUUGAUGAAGAAGAAGAAGAAGAAGAAGAAAAGCCGAUAUGGGGUGGAAGGAGACCUGGUUAUCAUGGUGGCGAUAAUCGUGAUUUUGAGGAAAAAUCAAGCGACGAUGACUCUGCUGAAGAGGAAGCGAGAGAAGCGGAGAGGAUUCGGAGAGAAAAGGCAAAGUCAUCAACACGAGAAGACUUUGGGCUUGAGGAUGAUAGUGAAGAUGAGAGUAAUAGGGAAUCGACUUUUGAGGAAAUGUCAGUUCAUGGAAAAAGUGAAAAAAAGUCUCGAGUGAUACUAGAAGUAGCAGAUGACAUGGGUACAGCUUAUGAGGAGGUCAAGAAAGAUUUGAAUGCUUUGUCAAAGGAGGAACAAUUAUCUGUUUUAAACAAUACUGCACCAGAGCUGGUUGGUUUGCUGGCAGAGCUGAAUGAUGCACUUGAAGAGCUUGAAAACAGAGUUGAUCCAAUUUUAAUCAAGGUUAGAAGGGGUGAGGUCAUGAUGGAAGGAGGAAUGCGCUAUUUAGAGGUGAAGCAGCUUCUUCUGCUGGCGUAUUCCCAAGCAAUAACGUUCUACCUUCUUCUCAAGUCUGAAGGCCAACAAGUUCGUGAUCAUCCUGUACUUGCUCUCCUUGUAGAGAUCAAGAGUUUAUUGGAUAAGAUGAAGCAACUGGAUGAGAAUCUUCCAUCUGAUCUCGAGGAAAUCAUAAACAAAUAUAAUGGGAUGGAAGCGGUGGUGAAAUCGGUUAAAGAGAAUGCUGCAAAACCAUCGGAUACUUUUGCUAAAGGAUACAGGUCCCAACUUGUCUCACUUGAACCAAAAGAAGCAGCUGUGUCACAUAACACAGUCCAGAUGGAAAAGGUGAAGUCUCUGAAGGAUGAUGAAAAAGUGGGAAAACGUAAACGUCAGAGUGAUGAAGUUGGUUCACAGAGCAUGAAAAUGUUGAAAGUAAGAGCUGCCCUUGAGGAAAAAUUGAAGCAGAAGGGUGUUUUCAAUUCCAUCACUCCAAGAACUGAUAGACCCCAGAAACAUCUGAAGCCAUUAAAUGGGAAGCUUGAAUCGUAUGAUGAUUUUGAUGAUGACCCUGUAAAUGCUGAAGGCGCUAACCAGGGUCGUGCAAGUUCAUUGAGUGCUAGUAAAGUUUCCCAACUUGUUGCUGCUAAUCGACAUAAGUCAAAGAUUGUUUCAGGUGAUGAUGACUUACCUCAGAGAGAUGAUAUCGGGGAAAGACGGAGAAAACAUGAGCUCCGAGUACUGGCAGGAGCUGGAAUCAGGUCCGAGGAUGAUGCUGGAGAAAAUGACACUAUUUCAGAUGAUGGAGACAUUGAGAUGGAGGAUAGUGAAGCUGGAGAUUCAGAAGAUGACUUUUACGAACAAGCAAAACAAAACCGAGCUGCAAAACUCGCUGCCAAAGCUGACAUCCAUUCUAGGUCCUCCUCAGUUCCAUCUUUGCCUGAAACUGUGGAUGGCAAACGUCAUAUUACUUAUCAGAUGGAGAAGAACAGAGGACUUACUCGCGCUCGAAAGAAGCUGAUCAAGAAUCCAAGAAAGAAAUACAAGUUGAAGCAUGAGAAGAAAAUGAAGAAUCGGAAAGGACAGGUACGGGAAGUCAAGAAGCCUAUUGGUCCAUACGGUGGGGAGACAUCUGGAAUCAAUCCGAGAAUCAGUCGGAGCACCAGAUUUAAGAACUAAUUUGUUGCUGCUCUUUAUAUCUUGUUCCCUCCCCCCGCCCACCUGGAUGGUAAGCUUCAUGUUGGAGCAUUAGGAGUGUAUUCUGUUAUUAACUUGAAACCUCCACUUUUGAUAUAAUGAUGUAAUUCAUUUUGGUGAAAAAUAGUUAAAAUACUGAAAUAGUCGGUAGUUUAAUUAUGAGAUGUGAUGAGUUACUGUUGUUAAGACUUGAGGCGCUAACUAAUCAAGUUUGUAGACCCAUGUUUUGGUUAUUGUUUUCCUUUAUUAAUUAUAAUUAUUUCCUUA